AUGAGUAGCCAAAAGACUCUGAUAUUGGUCACUAUCCUUGUCCUUGCUGGUAGUUCUGUUGGCGACCCAAAUGAUUUUGUCAAUCCGAAAUAUGUAGUCACGGCCAAGAACGAUGAAAAGACUCGCAGCGCAAGAGAUAGAAUUAUCCGUGACGGUAAAAAUUCAGCUAAGCGAGGACCAUGGACUAUAACGAACAGUCAAGUUCGAGCAUCAAGUGGCGACCCUCGCGACUAUCUAAGCUGGGCACCAUAUCACUGGCCUAAUUGUAACUGGUGCGGGAAAGCGAGAACUAAUACCAAUGGGCCAGUAGACCCAGAUGCUCGGGACCAGCAAGUACACCCUCAGAGUUCCCAAGGACAAUCGCCGGACGACUUGGCUGGAGCAUCCAAGCCGCACAAUGGAUCUGGAUCCUUAUUCGAAAGGAUCAAGCGCCAUGUGGAUUACGAUGAUCCAUUCCGUGUGGCCCCCAAUUCUAGUCUUGGUUUGGGGCUUUUGGAUAUGAUGGGCGACAUCUUCGACCUCUUUCUUGGGACCGAGAAGCAAGAACUGGCGACCAGUGAUGUGACCUCUACUCGUAUUUUGGAAGGGCUAGAGUAUAUCAAGGACGAAGUCGACAAGUUUACCGAAACACUUUCCUCCGAAAAUGGAUUCUCUGCGGGCUUGGAGAAGUCAACAGAGACGAGCAUCAUAGGGCCCAAGUCUACCAGAUCAGGCGAAGAUAACCAUAAUCACCAACGAGUCGUGCGCGAUUUGCCUCUCAAAGCUACUGGCUCAAAUCGUCUCGAGGUUCCGGCAAAUUUGGCGCACACCUCGAUAGCAACCCUACCGGGGCCCCUUGGGUUGACUACUGGGUCUACAGCAUCAUCAAGUUACCCAGAAGAAUCGCCUCUGAGAGCGCCUGGGCCUACAAAAACCAAGUCUUGUACCCCGUCUCCGACGAAAAGCAUGCCUCCUCAGUCCAGCAAGUAUUUCCUCCCUUGUUUUAUUUUAUUUUAUUUUAUUUCACUAACACUGAGUAAAGCCUGGUCCUCAUGUCCUUACAAAUCCCGCGAUGGAAAGGUUAAUCCUGAUACUCGAGACAUCAAGAGCUCGGCAUACAUCGGUCAAGUGAGCCAGUCCGUACUUUGGAAUGCAAUCGCUGCCGCCGCUUCUGGAGCCCAAUCACACGAAAAGUCCGUGGCGGAUUUUAUUAACACGUUCUUCUUGGACAACAAAAGCAAGAUGAACCCCAAGGUAGAAUUCGGGCAAGUCAUCAGAGGACCCCCUGGGACACAGGCUGGAUCAUACAUGGGUAUCCUGGACAUGCGCUCUCUGGUUAAGGUAGUGAACGCGAUUCUCGUGCUUCGGGAGACCCAAAGCUCUUACUGGACUCAAGAUCGUGACGACAGGAUGAAGGUUUGGGCGACUCAAUACGUUCGAUGGGUCGAGGCCAGUGCCAUGGGUAAGAAGGCAGAGCGUGCCGCAAACAAUCAUGGAUCUUUCUAUCCCAAUCAGAUCGCGGCAAUGAAGAUCUUGAGCGGGGAUAUUGUUGGUGCAAAACAAGUAUUACAGUCGUACUUUGAUAAUCAAUUUCAAGACCAAAUUGUUGCUUCUGGAGAACAGGCAAGUUUGACGUGGUGCUUUAACUUGGAGGCGAUGAUUACAAACGCCAAGCUCGGCGAUUAUAUUGGAAUCAACUAUUGGAGCACCAGGACCAAAUACGGCGCGACCAUUCAAACAGCAGUCGACUACAUCAUAUCUCUUGAUCCUGGAAACGAGCGUGUGGAAGAGGCCUUACCCCAUGUCGCUGCGGUUGCGGCCGUAUAUGGAGACCCUCGCCGCAAAUACACAAACUACCUCAAGUCGGUCAACCGUAACUAUGACAAGAAGCCGUUCUGGUUUUAUGAUCAACCUGCGGCAAUCAUGAAUAAACCCAAGGGCAAGAGAGAUGUCGUGGACAUAGCUUCGCCAUCAACGGUAGGUAGCGGCUCCGAGGCCACUAUGAUUGAUACCGACUCUGAGGAUCCUGCUCCGAGUACCGAACCCGAGGAUCCUUCGGAACCACAAAACGUGGAGGCCGCAGGCGUUGACCAGGAUCAUCCUCCGGAGAUGUUUGCACAUGGGCGACUGGUAGAACUCGAGGAGGGGCUCUUUGUUGGUUGGGACAAUGUCCGCGAAUUUUAUCGUAAAGUGGGACAAUCCAUUCGCCAAAGGGCGUAUGAUCCGGAACAAACGAUUGUAUCUCCCCCAAUGUUUCAAGAUGGUAAGGAGGUAGAGCUCGAGGACGGGCUAGACGUGGAUUGGGAUGGCAUCUCUUCAUUCUACGGACCUGGUGCCAACAUUAACACUUCAAACUGA